GAGAACAUUUCACUGUGUUUCACUCCCAGGAUGGCCAAGCCUACGUGCUGGAUGACUACUGCCCUCACCUUGGGGCCAAACUCGUGGCAGACUAGCACAUCCUAGAGGCCAUGGAGUGUCCCUGCCACGGCUGGCAGGUCUGAGGGGGGCACAGACUAUGCAGCAGCAUUCCUUAUGCUGGGAAAGUGCCAGACUGUGCCAGAGUCUGGACUUGGCCAUCCUGUGAGGUGACUGGGAUGCUGCUGCUGUGGUACCACUGUGAGGGGGUUGGGCCCACCUGGGCAGCUAAGCAGCAGGAGAUCACCACCCAGGAGUGGGUGUUCCCUGGGCAGACAGGGCACCUGGUUGAUGCACACAUCCAGGACCAGUCACAGACAGGAUGCUCUGUUGCUCUGCAGGUGGGGCCAGGGCUGGUCUACCUAAUCUACCUGGGCCAUGGGAUCAUCCUGCACACAGUGACUCCCCUGGAGCCUCUCCUGCAGAACACUGUGCACAAAAUCUGCUACCAGAAGAACAUACCAGCCAAGUUCAUCCUGAGGGCAGAGUGUGUGCAU